CCUUCUUCACCGCAUAUUUUUGCUGCAUUUAAAACUCUUUUAGUAAGAGAUUCCCUCUCAAACUUCACAGAAACAAACUUCCUUUUACUUUACUCAUAAUAUGAACUCCUCUUCUUCUACCGUUACCCUCUCUCAACCAGACCAAGAACGUCUUUUAGACAAACUUGAAGUCUUCAAGAUCCAAGGCAGAGAUAAACGUGGUCGUAAAAUUCUUCGCGUUAUUGGCAAGAUCUUCCCUGCUCGGCUUGUGAGCAGUGAGGUAGUGAAGAAGUAUUUGGAAAAAAAGAUCUUCCCCAAGUUAAAGGUAGGUCCAUUCUCGGUGGUGUACGUGCACACAGGUGUUCAAAGGAGCGAAAACUUCCCUGGAAUCUCGGCCCUACGAUCAAUCUACGAUGCUGUUCCGAUCAACGUUAAGGAUGAUUUGGAGGCCGUUUAUUUCGUGCACCCGAGUCUACAGGCCAGACUCUUCCUUGCCACUUUUGGUCGACUCCUUUUCAGUGGAGGGUUGUAUGGGAAGGUAAAAUAUAUGAACAGGCAGGAGUUUCUAUGGGAGCAUGUGAGGAGAAACGAGAUUGAGAUGCCAGAGUUUGUGUAUGAUGAGGAGGAGGAGCUGGAGUGCCGGCCCAUGGUUGACUAUGGAUUAGAGAGUGAUUAUCCAAGAGUUUUCUGUGCUCCUUCAGCAGACUCUCCAGUUUCUAUGUAUUCAAUGCGGUGUAUUGCAUAGUAUAUGUCAAAAAAAGGAUGCAGAAGUCCGGUUAGGUUGUGUGUCAUUGUAGGAAUUUAGAAAUCUCCCUCCCAUUGUAAAUAGAGUGUCGUGUUGGCAAAUGGAAGCGUGAAGCCGAGAUAAGUUAAAAACUUGUACAAAUUGACCUUAAAAAAUAUUGAACUUAUACCCUAAGUCAAGAAGAAGACAAACUUGCAG